AUGACUGAGAUGGAGUGGAAUACGUUAGAAACAGAGAAAUCUAAUGGGAGUGGAGUUGGUAGUAAUGGGCGGAGUAGUCGAUCGGAUGUAGCUAAGAGUGAACACCAAGAAAAUGGAUACUCUUUGGGUGUAGGCGAGUGUCUCUUCUGUGGUACAGUGGUAAAGACGGAAACUGAGCCGUUUUAUAUGGACGUAGAGUACUUAAAGCACUUGCAUACGCAUGGGUUUAAGCUUUUAAUGACGCAAUGCAUCUCUGAUCUUUAUGGAUUGAUGACGUGUUUGGUAAAACGGAUUGAAAGUUGUCGUUGUCUCUUCUGUAGUAAGAGAUUCAGUAGUAUUGGUAGUGCUCGGUCGCAUAUGGUCUCUCUCUUUCAUACACGCUAUGUUAAUUCGGAUGAGUAUGAUGAGUACUAUACUUACCCUGAGCCUAAGCCUGCCUAUGUAUCGGCCGAUGGGGCUGAAUUACUACUGCCUAGUGGGAAGAUUGUUGGUAAUAAGAAGUACAUGAAGUAUUAUGCACAAACCUUACGAGAGGAAGGAUACUACAAGAACUUAGAUCCAAUUCGGGUUAAGUUUGAAGAGAAGAGGAUACAAGAGCGGCAAGUGUUUGAAAAGACGCAAGAAGAGCUAGUGCAAGUCGAGAAGCACAAACGACGCGAGCAAAGAAACGACUUGAAAGUUUCCAAAGCUGCUAACAAACAGACAUAUUAUCGCGAGGAUUGGUUGCAAUAA